AUGAUUAUGUUUGGCAAUCAAUUUGUAUUAAUCAAUUCCCUGCAAGUCGUAUUUCUGAGGAACAAAAAAACAUGAUCGCGGAUGAGGCUACUUCUAAAGUUCAAGAAACGAACAAUUCAGACAAUCAAUCUGGACCAACAAAUCUAGUUUUGAAUAAUCUUUUAGUAGAAAGUAACAGCAAUGAACAGCAAGUGACCGUUAGUGAACACAGUGAAUGGAAAAGACUUUAUAAGAGACUAUCAAAACAUAUUAAUUUUAUUGCCAAAGAACGUUGCGUUACAUGGUUGGAUUGUCAAGAUGGAGGAGGAACUCGUCAUCAUUGGCGAACCAUCGAAGAUUCACAAAGGUGUGCAAGUCUUUAUUUGACAUUCUUUACAUUCUUUAUUGCCAUUCGCUUACGUGUAUUACCUAUAAAUAGUGAAUUUGGAAGUGCUGUUUAUUUAGAAUACGUUUGGUGGUUUGACGUUUCGUCUAAUCUAAAAUCCGUUCUACCUGGCACGUACGAUGUUGUAUGGCGAUUAAAAAUGGAAGAAGCAAAACUGUUAUCGAGAGAGCAAUUAGAGGAUGAAAUUGAUGCUGAAACAGCCAUUCAUGAUGAACAAAGACAUGAACAUACACCGCAACAUGAAAUUUAUACUAAUCUCGCUCGCAAAAAUAAAUGGGUCGAGUAUUGUCUACCUUAUAAAAUUGUUGUACCUGAACGAAAAGUAGUAGAUGGUAAAUUGGUAUACCAUGACGUUUAUCUUAAAAUUUAUAAUCAUGAAGGAUUCUUAAAAUCUGGCUUGUGGAUUGAUUACGUGAGAUUGAGAGAACAUGAUGAGAAUAGAGUUUAUGAACAAUUGGAAGAAAUUGAGGCGAACGAGGCGAAUGUACAAACGAACCAAACGGAAAUUAUUUGCUCGGUUAUUGUUACUAACAUGGGAUAA